AUGGCCACCCUCAACUUGCUCGAGGUAGCCCUCCGACAGGAACCCAUCGCAACGGACUCCUUUAUCAGACAGUCCCUGACCGACGCAGAAUACAGUAUUGGCCUCGAAAUCUUGAUGCGGGAGUCAGGAUGGAAGACAUAUCGAAACUUCAUCAUCCCUCACCUCACUCACCUGCUGACCCCCUUUUUGAAAUCAGAUGCCAGUAUCUCGAUUCUGGAUGUUGGACCUGGCCCGAAGAGCGUCCUUGGAUACCUACCCAGAGUUCUGAGAAAGAAGAUCGGAAAAUACACGGCAUUUGAACCUCACGAGCUUUUCGCUACACGGUUGCAAGAAUGGCUUCGCGCGACCUCUGAGGGGGAAUCUCCGCUGCCGGAUCUAGAACUUCCGCCUAAUAUCCAUCGAGCGCGUUUCAACGUUGAUUCUAAGACCUUGGGAAUUACUGGAGACGAGAAAUACGACGCCAUACUGUUCUGCCACAGCAUGUAUGGCAUGAGCCCCAAGGGCAAGGUCAUCGAGCGGACCAUUGAAAUGCUCGUUGAGCAACCCAAGCACGGGAUUGUCGUGAUUUUCCAUCGCGAAGGAUCCCUCCAACUCGAUGGACUAGCGUGCUAUCGAACAGCUUCUUUCCCCACGGGUACUUUUUGCGUGGCAGAUGACGACGAGGAACUGGAUCGCUUCACCGGUUUCCUGGCGGGCUUUACACUGCCAGAUGUCAAGAAAUACAGGGCUCUCCGGAUCGCAUGGCAGAAGUUGUGCCGUGCCAUGGGCCGACGAGAUAAAGCCUUCCCAAAUCAGCUCGUGUUCAGCGCGCCUGAUAUCAUGAUUGCUUUUACCAGGGACGCAACUGCUGUAUCGGAGCUAACAGUUCAAGUCCCGGUAUUGAAGGAGGAUAGGGUUCUUAAAAACCGUGAGGCUUCUUCCCACCGUCCUGCCACUAUUGUGAAGCCGACGGAGAUUCUACAUAUUCAGCAGUGCGUUCAGUGGGCUGUGAAGCACCGGGUUGGUUUGACUAUCACUGGUGGAGGUCACAGUGGCCACUGUCAAAGGCCUAACGUUGUCUCCGUUGAUAUGGGUGCUUUCGAUAAAUUGCACAUCCUCCCAGCUGCAGAAAGUGCAGAAGGACCCGUCUCCAAUUCUACUUCUGGCCCUUUGAUCAUCGCUGAGGCUGGUUGUAAGACUGGCGAUAUUAUUAGCAAAGCCAUGGCGGAGGGUUUGACAGUGCCCUUGGGGUCCCGGCCAAGUGUAGGCGCAGGCCUCUGGUUACAAGGUGGUAUCGGACAUCUGUCUAGGCUGUACGGGCUCUCGUGCGAUGCCAUUGUUGGUGCCGUGAUCGUCAGCGUUGAAAAUGGCCAAAUUUUGUGCAUUGGAGAGGUCCCAAAACAACACUGUCCAACCGGUGCCGUUCGCCCGGAAAAUGAAGCCGACCUGUUAUGGGCGAUAAAAGGUGCCGGAACCAAUUUUGGCAUUGUCGCCAGCGUCGUUUUCAAAGCUUACCCGGCUUCGAAACAUUCUGUUCGCAACUGGAGGAUCACGCUCAGAGAUAGCAACGAAGCAAUCAUGAAACUCAACUACCUGGACAACCUCGUCGCCAAGGACCUCUCCGACGGGUGCUCUGUGGACGGGUAUUUGUACUGGGAUAAGGGCCAGUUGCAUUUGGGUGUGACCUCGUUCGAGGAUCCUGGGGCGGACCUCGCGCUAACUACCGCUUCCCUUGAUGACCUUUUUGGAACCGAAAAGUGUUCGAAGACCGUGGAUGAGAAUGGAUUGUUCAUGGCCGAUAUGUACAUGUCUGGGAUGCAUGAUGGACAUGACAGAGGCAAGACGUCCUCGUUCAAAAGAUGCAUAUUCUUGAAAGACAUCGGAAGUUCGCCCACUGUCGAUCUUCUGAUCAAGGCUAUUGAAACUCGCCCAACUCCAGUCUGCUACCUGCACCUUCUCCACGGUGGCGAAGCGGUGCGCUCUUUAGCAUCUGAUGCCACUGCUUUCGGCUGUCGAGACUGGGAGUUUGCCUGUGUGAUCACUGGAGUCUGGCCGCGCGACCAAGAGGGAGCUGGCCUCGCUCGCACGGUUGUUACGUGGGUUUAUGAUGUCGCCAUGGGGUUUCUACCCCAAUGCUGUGGAGUGUACAGUGCAGACCUCGGGCCUGACCCCAGGGACACCGCGCUAGUGGCUAAGGCUUUCGGCCGGAACCGUUCACGCCUAGCUCGUCUUAAAGAUAUCGCUGAUCCACACAAUGUGCUCGCUUACGCUUGUCCUCUUCGCAGCUUGCCAAUCGGACAGAGACUCAUCGUCCUCGUCACAGGUGAAAGUGGUGCUGGCAAGGACUAUGGCGCUGAUAUCUGGGCCAAUGCAUUCAGUACAUGUGUCGACAAAAGCCUCACGGCGCGUGUAGUCAGCAUCAGCAAUGCGACGAAGACGGAAUACGCUACAGCAAAUCCCGGCGUUGAUCUGACUCGGCUGCUUCAAGACCGUGCGUACAAAGAGGAACAUCGGACAGCGUUGACGGCCUUUUUCAAUGACCAGGUGGGGAGUCGACCUGGACUACUGGAAGAACAUUUUCUGGACGUGGUGUACGGCGCCAUGGAUGUGGAUGUUCUGCUCAUCACAGGGAUGAGAGAAGAAAACCCUCUCGCAGCUUACUCGCAUCUAGUUCCAGAGAGCAGACUGCUUGAGGUUCGCGUCGAAGCAAGCAAGCAUACCCGACAUGCACGUCGAGGCUGUCCCCUGGAUGGUGAAGACGAUGACAACCAGCCCACCGCAUUCGAUUCCUGUCCAAGUCUCGUCUUCAAGAACGAGGAAGCCGGAAACGAGGCAGUGAACCACUUUGCCGCAUGCUGUCUGCUUCCCUUCUUCGACGAGCCUAUCCAGCGACUAGCCAACAUGGUGCGCCCCGUACCGGACUUUCCACGACAGAGCAUCACCUUCCAACAUGUCCUCGACAUCGCGCAGCAGCCCGAUGGGCUAAGACUGUGUACACGCCUCCUGAGGGAAAAUCUCUUUGAAGACUGGGAUCGUAUCAGUGCUAUCGCCUGUUGCGAGACUGGCGGUUACAUCUUUGCCGCCUCGUUGGCAGAGCAUCUCAACAUCCCCUUGGCAUUGAUUCGCAAAGCUGGCAAACUCCCACCACCAAAUAUCUCGGGCACCAAAUUCACAUCACAUAUCUCGUCUUCAACUUCUAGUGAUAUCAAGGAGACACAGAUCGAAAUGAAGCGGUACCUGAUCCCUAAAGGCUCUCCAGUGGUUGUUGUGGAUGAUGUUCUUGCGACGGGCAAGACGCUCUUCGCCGUGCUUCAGCUUUUGGAACUAGCUGGCAUCAGUCAGAAGGACAUUACUGUUUUGGUCGUUGCUGAGUUCCCUAUUCAUCGUGGCCGGUCAUUGUUGCGUGGUCUGGGAUUUGGGGCUGUCCAUAUUCGAAGUCUUCUGGUUUUUGAUGGAGUCUAA